GCUCUAUUUUCCUGCCAAACCUGAUGGUGUGGCUAAAGUUAGCCCCCCGUGGGCUAGUAUAUAAGGCCCCAAGGGUUCAAUACUUUCAUGUCAGUCACAUCGGCUUGGCGUAGGCUUCUCUUCUUGACCAACAACAACAACCCCACUGACUUGAGAGAUGGCACCCAAGAAGGCCAAGAGGAGGCAGCAGCAGGGUGAGGGUGGAUCCUCCAAUGUGUUCUCCAUGUUUGAGCAGAGCCAGAUCCAGGAGUACAAGGAGGCUUUCACAAUCAUCGACCAGAACAGAGAUGGCAUCAUCAGCAAGGACGACCUCAGGGACGUGCUGGCCACCAUGGGCCAACUGAACGUGAAGAAUGAGGAGCUGGAGGCCAUGGUGAAGGAGGCCAGCGGCCCCAUCAACUUCACCGUCUUCCUGACCAUGUUCGGCGAGAAGCUGAAGGGUGCUGAUCCCGAGGACGUCAUCGUGAGCGCUUUCAAGGUCCUGGACCCCGAGGCCACCGGCUCCAUCAAGAAGGAAUUCCUUGAGGAGCUCCUGACCACCCAGUGCGACAGGUUCACCGCUGAGGAGAUGACCAACCUGUGGGCUGCCUUCCCCCCUGAUGUGGCUGGCAAUGUGGACUACAAGAACAUCUGCUACGUCAUCACACACGGAGAGGAGAAGGAGGAGGAGUAAAACUCCCCCCACCCUCUGUCAAGACCUCCACUCAAACCCAUCCUCUCUUCCCACCAUCUACUCACAACCCCCUACCCUCUCCAACGCGAUGGCUCCCUCGCACACACUCGCGCCCUGGCCCCCUCUUUCCGCUCAGUGCAAAAAAAAAAAAGAAAGAAAGACUUGUCUCCUUCAUGGAGAUGCUCAGUGAGAGGACGGAAGGCUGCGGGCGGUGUUUGUGUGUGAGUACCAACAGGGGAACAUGGGAUUAUUUUCAAUAAAAAAUAAUCUUGUGACACAGAAACUCUCUCUCUAUCUCUGUCCCUGCCUCUUCUUCCUCCCGCUUUUCCCUCCCCGUCGGUCACUCUGUCUUUCUGCGUUGAGGCCAGCAGUGCAUGAAUCACACCUACGUGCGGAGUGUAACGCCUAUGCAGUCCAGUGUGUACAGUGGUUGGUCAAAAUGUCUUGGGUGCUGUGGUGCAUGCACAGUCACUUGCUUGAAACAAGUGAGCCGUCUGACCCGUCGCGGUCUGUUAGCCUCCACCUGACACAGAGUGUUCAAUGGAUUCGUACCGGAGAGGAGCUCACGGUGAAGGAGUGGGAGUACUGUACUAUAAUAGUUUGCCUACCCCUCUCUUUUUAACGAGUCUCUCCCACACACAGGUAUGAAAGGAAAGGCUGCAGGGAAAAGUGGAAAGAUUUUUUUUAUUAUUAUUAUUUAAUUUGAAUCUUGUGAAUAGAGAAAGAGAUGGUGAAAGAUGGCGAGGGGGAGGAGGGGAAGGGGUGAACAAAAAGUAAAGCGUCUUUGUUUUCGACUCUUCUCCCUCCUCCCGCUCACCGCCGUUUCUCUCCUGUUGUUGUGUCUGUUGUCUCCACUGUAACCAAUAAAGAAGUACAAAUAAAAUCCACUAUCUUUCGUA